AUGAAAGUACUUGAAGCUAGAGAUGCAUUUUUAAGUGAUUAUGAAGUCCUCCAAUUUUUAUCAAAAUUAGAAAGACAAAAUCAUUGGGAUGCAGAAACCAUACUAGAAAAUGAAAAACAUCGAAAAUCGAAGAACAAAAGAAAAAUUAGGAGACCUUAUAAUCAUCCUGAGCUACAAAAUAUCACAAGUACAUCACUGAAUUUUCUGAAUAUGAACAAGAAUUUCGUCCAACAAGAAGGUGAUGAAGAAAUGGAAGAUGAAGAAGCUAAGGUGAAGAACCUAGAGAGAGAUAUGAAAUCACCUCUUUGUAGAAUGAACGACGCGAAAUUUUCAGAAUUUGUCACUCGUCUGAACGAAUAUGAAUUGUUCAAAGUGGAAAAAUUGCAAAUCGUCAACCAAUUACCUGGUAACAUGGUGCACCUGUAUUCAAUUGUAGAAGAAUGUGACUCGAGAUUCACCAAUGAACAAAUAGAAACAAUGUUAAGCAUAAUAAAAGAAUAUUCAUAG